AUGUCUUUGGAAACAUUUAUAGAGUGGUCCCACACCAACCAUGUUCAAGCACCUCAUGUUGCUAUACGCCAAACGCCUCAUGCUGGUUAUGGGCUCUUUUGCGACACAGCGGUAUCAACCCAUGGAGACAAUGCUCUUGUCACGAUCCCCAGCACAUUGAUCUUGUCAGCUGAUCGAGCGCGUCAUGACCGACCCGACCUCGUUGAGAUCACCGAUGACCGUACAGCGUUACGACUCUUUUUAGCGCUUGAAAAGCACUCGCCCACCAUCGAUUUUUGGAAACCGUAUCUUGGGAUAUUGGAUGCAAGCAUGGAAGACUUUGAGCAGCAAGUGGAAGGGACAUGUUUGGAGCAAGCGAUGCAAGCGAAACGAUUGUCGUUGGAGAAUCAGUUUGCUGUAUUGCAGCCAUUAUUUGGUGAUGCAUUGACAUUGGAGUACUGGAUAUGGGCAGAUCGGAUUGUACGAUCGCGUGCUGUGGGUGACACAUGGAUGCUGGUGCCAUUUCUGGAUUUUGCCAAUCACUCAAACGAACCCAAUGCACGCUGGGAAGUGCAACCCAAUGGUGAUAUGCAAAUUGUGCCCUUAUCUAGUACGCUAGCUGCUGGUGACGAGGUCUUGUUUUCCUAUGGUGCAAAGUCCAAUAUGGAGUUGCUAUUUUCUUAUGGGUUCACGCUGAAUGACAACCCCGUUGAAUCCUCUGUCAGAAUUUCUGCAGCUGGGUUCUUGGAUGAUCCCGCCAAGAUUGCAUGGAUGCGACAAUUGAAUAUUCCACCCACAUUGACAUUGACAAAUGAACAUGGCAACAACGAUGAUGAUGAAAGUGACAAGAUGGGAUGGAGCGCUCAAUCGAUUCAAUUAAUGUACUUGAUCGUGAUGGAUCCAGAAGAAGAUGCAUUGACAUUGGCACUUGAUGAACAAGAUGAGACCACCAUCCAUGCUUGUGUAGGCGACACACAAGUGGAGAAUUUGAAUGAUUUGGCACAACAAGCAAAAAGGUUACCACAGCAUCCUAUCUUGUUGCUACGUAUUGUUAUGCUCCUUCUUGAUGCCACACAAUACCACUUCGACGCUAUCACAGAUGCUAUGGCUCGUAUCAAGGUAUUGGAGAUGGUCGACCGGUACAGAUCAGAGGAAAAGCUUUUAUUACAAAGGACAUUGAACAAGUUGACAUUAUUGCGAGACACAUUGGCUCAAGACAAGGUGGUGUUGGAUUAUCUCUCGGCACAGCAACAAGAGGAUUAG